AUGCUGGCCACCGUAUCACCCAGCAGCACGCAUUUGGAAGAAACGCUGGCGACCCUUCGUUAUGCGUGCCAAGCUAGGUCUAUUGUCAACCGCGUUCGGAUCAACGAAGAUCCUCAUGAUAAACUGAUAAGGCAAGUUGAGACAAAGAAAAUCCAUUUAUUAGAGCUUAAAGCUGAAGUAUUGAGACUGCGUGGCGUUAGAGAAAAUUAUGAGCGGCAAUUAGGCCCAAGGAGGUUAUUAGAGAGCGGGGAUUCCGGCAAUGACAAUUUAGAGAUACAGAAAAAACAGCUGGAGAUUGAACAACUAAGAGACCAAUUGAAGCGCACUGAAGAACAGCUUGCUACAAAUCAGAAGUCAUGGAAAGAAAAAUUACAGGAAGCUGAGGAGCGUAAAAAAUCUGAGAUUAAUUAUCUGCGACACUGUGGGAUAGCUAUUGAAUUAGACUACAAGGAAAUAAAGUCAACUCCUUGUUUGGUCAAUCUUGCAGCAGAUCCUAUGCUCUCUGGUACGCUACUGUAUCUUAUUCCUCAGGGAAAAGUGCGUAUAGGGCGGCAAAGCAAGCAGGUUGAUCCAAUUGACAUUGUCCUGGAUGGACCAUUAGUUGCUCCAUUUCACUGCACGAUUGAAAAUAACAAAGGAGUAUUGAGCUUGAUGCCUGAAGCGAAUGGUGACACUUACGUUAAUGGACAGAUGGUAUGUGAUAAACUUUAUUUGAAGCAUGGAGAUCGUUUAGUCAUCGGUGGUAAUCAUUACUUUAAAGUAUGCAAUCCAAAUGACGAUAAUUCGAAUAUACAAAGUAAUAAUCAGCCUAUUGAUUAUGAAUUUGCGCAUCAAGAAAUACUCGCUAUUCAAGAGGAAAAACUGAGAGCUGAAUUGGAGGAAUCGAAGCGUAAAGCGAUAAAGGAACUUGAGAACGCAAAAAGAGAAGUUGAAACGCAGUUGGGAUCGCAGAAAACUACUUACGAGCGUGAGAUAAAAAUGCUCGGGACAACUUUAGAGCAACAGAAACUCGCUUUGGAAGAAGUUAGUAAGAGGAAACGACAAUUGGAGGUUGAAAAAGAAAUGCUUACGUACCAAAUAGAAGAAAAUAAAAGACGUGAAACGGAUGACUCCAAAAUAAAUGUCGAGCCUUACGAGUCGAAUUUUCUCCAAGAACUGAAAAAAAUUUUGAAUGAAGCAACUGCUGACGCGGAAGUGGCUCUUACAAUUGCGGCUAGCAAUGAAAUUAUUGCAGAAGGCGGUAUUACAUUACACGAAAUGCAACUUUUGGUUAGAGAAGCUACUCAGCGUUGUCGAGAUAUUGGAAUUAAUUAUGAAUUUGCGCAGUCACGAGUUAUUUCAGAGAAAGGUCUGCAACCAGUUAUAAGAAUUAGAGAUCGUGAUCGCAUGCUAGAGACUGUAUGGCAGCCGGAAAACUUUCUAGACUGGGUACGACGACUCCGCGACUUCGACAAUGAAGACACCAUAAAAGAAUUGGUUGAUUGCGACGGUACUAAUUGGGAAAUAUUUGAUGAAAGUGAAAUGCCUGAAGAUUCCUUAGACACGAGUCGUAUAUCUGUGAAUCUAACGCCAGUAAAAAGACAAUUGAAUGAAAGUCUCCACCAGUUAUCAAUGAACGGCUCAUUUUUGGACUCGACGAUAGACAAAACAACGGACUCUGCUGUACUGAGGAGAUACGAAGACAUGGAUGCGUGCCUGCUGCAGAUAGAAGUUGCUGCUAAGACCCUCGGAAAGUUGUGUCAUCAGUAUGAAAGCCGUGAGACAAGUGGAGAGGUCACUAAAUCGUUGGAUAAAGUUCGCAAUGUCGUCUCUACAUUGAGAGAAACAUUUAAUUCGUUGCAUAAGACCAACGAUAGUAGUACAAAUAUUUCGAGUUCUAACAAUACUGUCAUUGAGAACUCCGUUAAUUCCGUAAACCAAAGUAAUAACGAAAAAUUAAACAAACUCGAUGAUAAUAGAACAUCAUCAGAAAGUAAUACAUUCCGAUAUCCUUUUUCACAAGACAAUAACUCUAAGUCCGUACGAUUUAAUGUUAAAUAA